UCUGGGAGGAACAGGCUGCAAGUACACGCAGAUGUCAAGAACAAUCACACCCACAGAAGCAGCCAGCGCUCCCAGUCUAAGUGGUGACUAACCUGGUAGUGGUAUCAUUGACUACCUCACCACUAUUUCCUGGAGGAACUAUACCUGAUACUCAUGGAUCUUCGAUACAGAUGGUGAGAAGACCUUCCAGAUGAAGAGAUAAUUCAUCGAUUUUGGGAGUGAAUGAUUCAAGGAAUAUAUGUGUUAAUUAUUGAAGAAGUGGAUUCAUUAGGGAUGAACACAACAGUUCAAAGAGAAUUCAAGGAUUGAUGAUUGAACAAGUGAUAAACAGGAUAUGUGAAUGAUUGACAAGAUUGAUAUGUGAAUCAUAUUCAAGAGGUGGACCAAUAUCUGCUUUUUGAUACUUUGUCAUCACCAGAAACUUUCAUGGUAUUUGGAUUAAGCUAAGAAAUAUCAGUGAACCAUCGUUUUAUUCAGAAGCCAUUUUGAGUGGAUUUAUACAAAUGUACAAUUGAAGGAGAGUCAUGUAUGAACUGUAAUAUGCAAACCUGAAGAAUUUAUUUUGUGGGAAUAAUUCAUCCUAUUAAAAUGUUUCAGUUGUGAGUUUACAUAAUUAUUUCUCACAUCUGUUAUGUUGGACAGCACAGAAACACAGACCAUGAAGCUGUUGCCUUGGGCUCAGAAACUAAUUGCUGUUGUCGUCUGACAUUUGAAAGUGUCAGAUUAAUUUGUCAAUUAGUAAAGCUGUGUUCUGUUGAAACCGAGGAUGCUCUGCACAUAUUUCUCCCUUCACUGAGGUGACGGGUUUAUUUCCCAGCGGAGCGGACAGAGCUUCGUGAUGUCUGAAGCAGUGUUCACCUUCGAGACUUUUGUGACAAUAUUCCUCACUCUUGCCAUCAUCUGCCUCAACUGUUUGAUCCUGAUGGUAGCAUGCUGGACCGAGUCAUUUAGAAAUGUCAACAAGUGCUUCUUGUACUCCCUCAUCCUCAGCGACCUCUUCCUUGGAUUGUUUGUCACUCCGUUUGCAAUAUUCAACUCCUUGUACAAAGAGUGGGUUUUUCAGAAUGACAUCUUCUGUUGCAUCGAAGCAUACCUUGUGGCCAUCUUCCUCAUCGCCGGACUCUACUCAAUGGCUUGGAUUAAUGUCGAUCACUACGUCGCCGUGCGGAAACCCGAACGUUACGACAUCAUGAUGUCAACACCACGCUCCUUGUGUUGGAUCGGAUUUGCAUGGGUGGCAGCAUUCUGCUUCAGUUGUCCUCCAUUGUUUUCUCUCAAGAAGGCCAAGUAUUAUGCCGAAGCCUUUGUUUGCAUUGUUGAUGCCAAAAACCAGCAAGCAUACUUCAUAACUGCUGGCCUAUUAGUAACCGGCCCUGCAGUCAUAACACUUAUUGUAACGAAUGCAUAUCUUUUCACCAAGGCCUUCAAGGGCAAUAUCCACUUAUACGAGAGAGUGUUCCGAGAUAGGAAAACACGGCCAUGGAACUAUCAUAUCAACUUUGUAAUUUCUCUUGUGUAUUCUUUUUGCUGGUUGCCGUUUUGCAUCCUUCGUCUUUAUGAAGUGAGUACUAACUACGCUGGCUUGUCCCCUGGUCUCUUGCACUUCUAUUUCCUCUGGCUGGGUUUCAGCAACGCUUUCCUCAAGUUCUUCAUCUAUCUGGUGAUGAGUCAAGAAUUCCGACAAGGAAUCAAUGAGAUAUUCUAUGCCCACAGUUUGGACUGUGCCUGUGUAGGAUGCAAGACAACCAAUGAUAUGAACGUCAAUUUUAUUACCAUAGCAGAGAAAUAGAUCCUGUUGAUUGAUUUGCUGAAAGUUUUAUGUGAUAAUGCCCGAAACGGAAUCAACAGUCUGGACUCCAAAAGAGGAGAACAUUGAUUCAGGAUUUUGUGGUUUUGUUUCCUGAGAACAUGUGUCUGUUCUCAAUAUGGUAUGAGGUGUACAGUUUUCAAGAAACAUGCCUGUUUUGUUUUAUGGUGUGAGGUGUACACUUUUCAAGAAACGUGUCUGUUCUGUACACUUUUAAAAAAAUGUGUCUGUUCUGUGCAGGGUCUGAGGUAAACAGCUUCAAGAUGAUGUUAAUGUGAAUAUACAUGAAACUAAGCACAUCUUCGAAUGUAUUGAGAUGUGUAUUUAAUCAAAAUGACUAUGUGAUCAAAAUGUCUGCAGUUAGACACAGAUAGCCAACAAGGGAUGAUGGUUGGCCACAGUGAUAGAGAUGUAUGUGUUUUGUUAUUUUUUUAAAGUUUGAAACAGUGGAGAAAGUGGAAAUUUAAAAUUUAAACAAAAAUUAUGGCAUCCAUGCUGUGCAGUUUGCAAUAAAGAGGGGAUGUGUUUAUGGACAUUUAUUCUGCAAAAGCUCCAAAUCAACUUCACAACAAGCAAGAUGAACUUCACAAUAGCUCUGUUGGUGACACAACAAGUAAGAUGAACUUCACAAUAGCUCUGUUGGAGAGGCUGGCUGUACAGUGGAACAAUGUUGGACAACAGUUGUGUUGACAGUAAUAUUUUUACCAUAUUCGCCAUAUCGCUUUGCUCCAAUAAGCUUCUAACCAACUUCCAGACUAAUCUGUAAGCAAUCCUUAUGGGGGCCCUACAAAGACCAUAACUUUACAUGACAGUCAAUAUUUUCUUGUGUAUUUUAUGGAUGAUUUUUACCGUAGACAGCAGUGAAUUGUAACUUACAGGAAAGGUUUUAGUUUUAUCAACGUUUGAACUAAGUCAAUCUCUGAAAACAGAUUUAACUCGUUGUGUAUGGUUUUAAUAAGCUACCCCCUUGUCAUUUUUCUAAGCACCCAGGGUUCUUAUUAUGACAAAUAUGGUACAUUAUAUCCUGAUCCUGUUCUGUGAUGACCUUCUAGUGACCUCACUGUAGCUGGGAUAAUCGGAAAAUAAAAUGUAGAUAAUUUAUCACUUUGUAGUAUUGAUUAGAUGUCUUGGGGCAAUAUAAAUGUUCAAUAUAUGUGUGAUGAAUAACACUGCACACAUUCUCUGAAAGUAAUUUGACGUGAAAAUGUUUGUAUGUGGAUCAGGUCAGAUAUUGAAAUGAGUCUAUUUGGAUGUGAUAAAGAAUUGCUGCGUUGCAAUCUGAAUCUGGUCUAACAUUGAUAAGUUGCAGUCUGAAUCUCAUCAACUAUUGAUAAGUUGCAGUCUGAACUUCAUCAACUAUUGAUAAGUUACAGCCUGAAUCUCAUCAACUAUUGAUAAGUUACAGCCUGAAUCUCAUUAACUAUUGGUAAGUUGCAUUUAGGAUCUGUUCAAUCAUUGAUAAGCCGCAGCCUGAAUCUCAUCAACUAUUGUUCAAGUCAAUUCAAUAUGGGCCCAAACUGGCCUCAUUUCACACAAUAAACCACACUACAGUCAGAUUCAAUAUGGGCCCAAGCUGGCCUCCUCAUUUCACACAAUAAACCACACUACAGUCAGAUUCAGUAUGGGCCCAAGCUGGCCUCCUCAUUUCACACAAUAAACCACACUACAGUCAGAUUCAGUAUGGGCCCAAGCUGGUCUCCUCAUUUCACACAAUAAACCACACUACAGCAAGGCGCGCAAUACACUACAGUCAUAUUCAGAAUGGGCCCUGUGAAGACAUAAUCAAACAAAAAAACUUGUGCUUGGUCUGAUCCCCUUCAAGUCCUCACUACCAUCAAGUACAUCAGACACCACACUGGUGGACUAUACUCAUCACAUGAGUCUUUCAGGGAGAAACAUAACUGCACAUAAUUGUAUUGUUAGGUCUAUACUCAAAGGCAAGAGGUUCAGAUUUUAUUCUUAUAAUCAUUGUGAUCAAAUCACUGGAGUAAUAAAUAUUGGUAAUUUUCUGGUGAAACACCAGUAGAUCACAAGGGCAAAGGUAUUCAGGUGAUUACUGUGUCCAUAUAAUCACGUAUAAAACAAUGUGUACCAUAACAGGAAUUUCAUUGAUCCCAAUUGUGUGGAUCGAUGCUCAUGAUGUCAGUCACUGGAUUGUCUGGUACAGACUCAAUUAUUUAUAGACUGCCGUCAUAUGGCUGGAAUAUUGCUGAGUGCGGCGUUAAACAACAAGCAAACAAACAAGCAUGACAGGGAUAUACAAAGAAUUGCAAAGAAAAAGUCAAUAAAAGUUUAAAACGCCAAGGAUUGCCAUGGAAUUUUAAGAUUUCUUCGAUGAGAGUUGGCAUAUUUGAUAUUAAGGUCACAGAGGAUGAGAUUCUAUUUAUCAUCCGAAAUCAUUCUUCCAACUUUUUUGAGUUUGUAAACAGGGAUAACCAGUAUCUGGAAUGUAAAAAUUACAGCUAGCCAGCUUUAAUGGCAAAGAGGGGCGGUGGGGUAGCCUAGUGGUUAAAGCAUUCACUCAUUACGCCGAAGACCCGGGUUUGAUUCCCCAUCGGGGGGACAUUGUGUGAAGCCCAUUGCUGGUGUCCCCUGCCGUGAUAUUGCUGGAAUAUUGCUAAAAGCGGCAUCAAACCGUACUCACUCACUCACUCAAUGGGAAAAAGAUUGGUGAUGUAAUUUGAUUGUGAGAGCAUGGUAACAAAUGACACCAAAAUGAUCUCAAAAGCAUGGUGAUGCAAUUCACUGUAGCGAUAUGUCCUAGAUGAUAUCAUUUGACCUCACCAAGCGAUAUCUCCUAUGAAAGCCAGGUUUGGAUGAUAAAUAAUCAUGUCAAUUAAUCAUUUAUGACAAUUACAAAGAUGUCAUGACCAGGUUUGUGGGCCUCUGUUCGCUCCAGAAUGAGGGGUAAAUAUCACAUUCAAGUGUGUUGUCACAUGAAGGUAAGGUAUACUCAAGGGUAAAAGUAACUGUGACAUGUUGUUAUUGUAUAGUUUAGUCUAUUUUGAAAACCUGGUAUAUUCAAGUCUUCUGGGAGGGGGAAAGGGGGCCCAGUCGUCUAUUUAGGCACCACAAUUCACUGAGCACUUGUGUCCCUUGGACACACCAGAAACCUAUGAUCAUGGGUUCGAAUCCCGGUUCACCUGAAUUAUAUUUGAAGGUUUGUGAGCACCAUACCCGUGCUCAUGUGUUUCUCCAAAGUGGUAAACGUCUGAGACCUGUAUCACUUUAGGCUUUCCGCCAGCAUUAAUUAAGUUUACACGCUGAUAUUACUGGGAUGCUGUUCACAACAGCAUUAAGCCCAACUUACUCACUCACAAGUCUUGUCAUUCAUUGAUAUUUGUAAAUGUUCAGCUGUAACAUAAUGCUGCUAAUGUUCUCCAUAGCCAAGGUGUUAUUGUGAUCUUGUAUGCUGAAGAACAUGAUUAAAGAUGCUUGAUGUUUGUGAA